UGUCCAGGUUUCUUGGUAUUAUUAUUAUUCUAUGACAGUACGAACGAACAGUAGAUAAAUAAUAAUGUAAUGAACCACUGAAUACAUUUCUAGCUUAUACUCGAAAAAUAUUGUAGUUACUUUUUAGUUUCAAUGAUAACCAGUGACGAAAAAAAAGAAGUGUUUGAUACACGCAUCUUUGUAGGGUCGGUUUCAAGUUAACUCCAACUAAUGGUCCUGUAAAUAAUCUAUUUAGAAAACAAAUAUGGCCUCAUCGAGUAAACAGUUGGAACCAUAUCAGGUCAACAGUGAAACAUUGGAGGAACAGAGGCGUCAACUCAGAUGUAUAAAUAGGCGUUGUACUUAUGGAAAUACUCUGAUCAAUGCGAUGAAAUUUGUAUGCAUUCACUAUGGUGUUGAUUACAAACCUGGCAAAGAGGUUUGCAUGACCUGUUUUACUGAAUGUCUUAAACAUUAUAAGCAUCUCGAAAAGAAAUGGAAAGAUGGAAAAUGUAUUAUGGAUACCAGUUUCCCAAGUUUUGAUUCAUACGUAGUUAUUGAUGAUUCAUCGUCAAGCGAAGGAGAAGAAGAAGAAGAAGAAGAAGAAGAAGAUUUAGAACCAAAACCUAGUACUUCUAAGAUGAGUUCAUUUCCUGACCAAGAUGUUCAAAAUGCUAUCAAGAGUGCAGUCACUUUUUUUUUUAAUAAAAACCAAUGUUUCUUUGAGCAUCAAGUUAAACUAUGCAACAAAUAUAUUGAUCAAGGAAUAAACCAAUGUUUGAUUGAUGCGGAUGAAAUAGAUAAACUUGCUUCUGAUUUAGAAAAUCAAAUGGCAUCAUUAAGAAAAGAAAUAUAUGACCCAUAUCAACCAAUUAUAACAGAUUUAGAAACUGUGGACAUCAAUAAGUUGGAGGAGAAUAUAGAUAAGAAACAAGAAGUCAUGAUGUCUCGAGAAGAAAUCAUCGAGCUUAUGCAGGAAAACAAGAUGCCUAAAGAAGCCAAAAGGAUUAAGCUAGACAAAUUUAAUAAGGAAGAUGUUAUCACUAUGAAUUCAACGGUUUGUGUUACACCAAAUAGUUUACCUAAAGAAGGAGAUUUAGUUUAUACUAAUAUUGUGAGUGGACAAGCUGUAUAUGCAAUGAAGUUAAGUAUAAAAGAUCCAUGGUAUAGAAGUAAAGUCAAAACUGUAGUUGAUGAAGAUUAUGUACAUGUCACUUUUCAAACUGGUGAAAAGUUAUUGACAACAAAACAAAUUGCAUACACUUCACUGAGUUCAGUCAGAUUUCCUGUGGGUUGCAGAGUAAUAGCUAAGUUUACUGAUCUUAAUUCUAAACGUGUCGAUGAUUUUUAUGCUGGUAUAAUAGCGGAACCUCCAAAAAUAGUUAAUAAUUUUCGAUAUUUGAUUUUUUUUGAUGUUGGUUAUGUUCAAUAUCGAAAACACAAUGAUAUUCGUUUAAUUGUACGUGAAAUAAAUCCAUGCGAUGUAUGGGAAGAUGUAGACUUAAAUUGCCGUGAAUUUAUAAAGAAUUAUUUAKAAAAGUAUCCUGAGCGUCAAAUGGUUAAGUUGACUGAUCAACAUUUAGUACGAGCAGAAUUCCAAAACCAGUGGUAUACGGCGAAAGUGGUUGAAGUUGAUGCAUCUUUGGUCAAAUUAUAUUUUUACGAUUUUAGACAUAGUGAAUGGAUAUAUCGUGGUUCUUCACGUUUGUAUAAUAUUUUUGAAAAACAGAGCAAAUCUGAAAAAGGCAUUCGGUUAAGACAAUCUGGACUAGCUUAUUUAAAAAAACCAUUUGUGGAAUUCACAAGUGUAGAAGAAGAGCCCUCUCGCCUUUUAGCUAAAGGCGUAGCACGUAAAAGUACCAGUAAAAAUUCAACCAAUGGUGAGGGAACUCAAAAAUGUAAUAAAAAUAAGGCCGUUACUAAGGUUAUYGACCUAAUAUUGCCUAAAUCUGUUCCUAAUCCAAUUAAAUAUAGAAAACACAAAUGUAACCCUAAAUGUAUUGCAUGGACAUUUUAUAGCUAUGCGAGAACUAGGAAAAUCAGUAUGUUGACUAUUCCAUUAUAUUUUGGUUUCGUCAGGUAUUUAGCAUUAUUUAAUAAUACUCAAAAAUGUAUUCUAUACAAAACCCCUUGUGGUGUAACUAUUCGAAAUAUGAAACAGAUGCUGGAAUAUCUUGUUGUUACCAAAAGCACAAUGACUAUUGAUCAAUUUGAUUUUAAUAGUUGGGUCAAACCGUUUGCAGAAUAUAAAGUUAUGAAAAGUGUGCAAUUUUUAAAUGAUAUAUCUGAAGGCAAAGAAUUUAGGGGAAUACCAUGUGUGAAUACUAUUAACAGUACAUUACCACCAAAAAUGGAAUACAUGACUACUAGACAACCAAUGCCAGGUGUUAACAUAAAUGUAGAGAGUGAAUUCUUAUGUGGAUGUGACUGUACUGACAACUGUCAAGAUAAAUCGAAAUGUGCUUGUUGGCAGAUGACUAUAGAAGGACAGAAGAUUUUACCUAAUCUUUACAAAGAUCCAAACAUUGGUUACAAUUAUCGAAGACUGCCCGAACGUGUUUUAACAGGUAUAUAUGAAUGCAAUAAAACAUGUAAAUGCUCMAGUUCAUGUUUAAAUCGUGUAGUACAGAACCCAUUGUCACAAAAGUUACAAUUAUUUAUGACUGAGAAAAAAGGAUGGGGUGUACGAUGUUUGAAUGAUAUACCUCAGGGAAGUUUCAUAUGUAUUUAUGUUGGUUAUUUGUUGACUGAAACUGAUGCUAAUGAAGGUGGGAAAAAUUAUGGCGAUGAAUAUUUGGCAGAAUUAGAUUAUAUUGAAGUUGUUGAAAAAAUAAAAGAAGACUAUGAGAGUGAUGUAUCUUUCAGUGACCAUGAAAAUGAAAUUGAGGCAUAUCAAUCCGAAUCGUCUGAUGAACCAUAUCCUAGUACAUCUGAUGGUAGAGGAUCUGAAAUGACAUUAAGGUUACGCAAACGUGAAAAAAUUAAAAUUAAAAAUGAUGAUAAACAUGUACAAAAUUUAUCCAAAUUAGAUGCAAAUAAUAUGAAAAACAACCCUGAACCACCACCAAAAUCAAUGCGUGAAUACUUUGGAGACAAUGAGAGCGUAUAUAUCAUGGAUGCCAAAACUAGUGGCAACAUUGGACGUUAUUUAAAUCAUUCAUGUUCUCCUAAUACAUUUGUUCAAAAUGUAUUUGUGGAUACACAUGAUUUGCGAUUUCCUUGGGUAUCAUUUUUUGCUCUUCAUUAUAUACAGGCUGGGACUGAAUUAACUUGGGAUUAUAGCUAUGAUAUAGGAAGUGUUCCAGGAAAAAAUAUGAAAUGUCAUUGCGAGUCUGCUUACUGUAGAGGGAGAUUGCUUUAAAUAGUUAUAAAUUAGUUAACUUGAAUGAUAAAUCAUGAGGCUGAAACAAUAUGUAAUUACUAAUUGGAUAUAAUUAUUGAGAAUUUUUUUUUUUUUACAAUUAUUAUGCGAUAA